UCUGAAGUUUUGAAUUUUCAAUACAAAGGUGGGGAGUGUUUUGAUACAGAGAGCGCGAAAAAGCUGUAGCACGUGACGUACGCGACACUCAACAAGCACUUCAGUCGCUCUUAACGCGUCGUGAAAACAACCGCGAUCCCACCCCGACCACCACUUUCGGGUGUCGCAUCGUCUCAGCUGAAUGGCGGUAACGGCCCGCUCGGUGCGGCAAAUGCUCACACCCCCCGAUGAACCAACACCCGGCCACGACGACGGAGGAGAUGUAGGACCACGUCCAAGAAAAAGACCACGUCCAACACCACGUCCAGCAUCACGAGCAGCAUCACGAGCAGCACCACGAGCAGCACCACGAGCAGCACCACGAGCAGCACCACGAGCAGCACCACGAGCAGCACCACGAGCAGCACCACGAGCACCGGAACCUAGGUCAGAUUCAGAACCAGUUCAACGUGACGACAGGCAAAGAGCCAUUGAAGGGUUCGCCUCAGACCUAAUCCGCUAUGCUUUGAGUCGUGAAUUUGAUAACGAACCCAUCAGACGGAAGGAAAUUGGUGAUGAAGGUGAAUAG